ACUUGUCUCUCUCUUGUCCUCAAAUCAAAUCCAUUUCUUCAUCUCUCUUUCUCCCAAACUCACUCUCAUAAACUGUUACAGGAAAAGAAUAAUUUCAUUAAAAAAUAAAUCAUGGAAAACAAUGUACCAGUGAUAUCAAAGAGAGUUUGGAGUAUAGUCCGUGUGGCCUUCUUCAUGUUGAGAAAAAAAUUAUCAAAGGGAAAAUUAAUGAAGGAUCUAAACAUGAUGCUCAAACGCCGCCGCAAGCUUGCUGGAAAAGCCAUUGCUAACUUAAUGUUCCAUCAUCACCACCAAGGCUCCACCUCAUGCUGCCGCUCCCACAACUCCUUCACUUUCACUCAGGCACUUUCUACAUCGCAUGAUGAGGCGAUGACUAUGAGCGCAAUGAAUACAAUUCUAAAUAUGCUAAACAAUGAUCAAGCCAUUGUAGAAGCAUCUCCAGCAUUGUCUGCAGUGAGGCAAUUGAUCAGGGUGACUGACUCUCCAUUUCCUUUGAGAGAUGAUGAUGAGAAGGACAACCAAAUUGAUAAGGCUGCAGAAGAUUUCAUAAAAAGGUUUUACAGCAAGUUGAGGAAGCAAGAUUGAGUGAAUUAUUAAUACUAAUUCAAUCUACACCUUGUCAAUUAGUGAUUAAUGAGUGUGUUGUUGUGAAUGCUAAGUAACCAUAUUUUACUUUUUUGUUAUUUUCAAGAUAUAUAAUCCAGAAUUGAUAAAUGUACAUGAGUGAAGGUUUUGAUUCUUGUUAAUUAUACGUUUGCAUAUGUUUACG